UCUUGGGAAAAAGAGAAGAUGGCCGCUCCCAUCUUGAAAUGGAAGCGGGUAACAAAUACUUCUGGACCAGGACCUAGGCCUCGACAUGGCCACAGAGCAGUUGCAAUCAAAGACCUGAUGGUUGUUUUUGGUGGUGGUAAUGAAGGAAUCGUCGAUGAGCUCCAUGUUUACAAUACCGCAACAAACCAGUGGUUUGUGCCUGCUGUGAGAGGUGACAUUCCACCAGGAUGUGCAGCCUAUGGCUUUGUGUGUGAUGGCACGCGUAUACUGGUGUUUGGUGGGAUGGUGGAGUAUGGCAAGUAUUCCAAUGAGCUAUAUGAGCUCCAGGCCAGCCGCUGGGAAUGGAAACGCCUCAAACCAAAACACCCACGAACCGGUCAACCUCCCUGUCCUAGAUUGGGACACAGUUUUACCCUACUUGGAAAUAGAGUUUAUCUGUUUGGUGGUCUGGCAAAUGAUAGUGAGGAUCCGAAAAACAAUAUUCCAAGGUACUUGAAUGACAUCGUCAUCCUGGAGCUGAAGCCCAAUUCUAACAACCUUCAGUGGGACAACCCCCUGACAGUCGGGACCUCCCCUCCACCCAGGGAGUCUCACACGGCUGUGGGGUACUGUGAGAAAGAUGGGCGCAGACCCAGGCUUAUUAUAUACGGUGGAAUGAGUGGCUGUCGGCUCGGCGACUUAUGGCAGCUAGAGAUUGACACAAUGACAUGGACCAAGCCUUCUGUCAACGGACUUCCUCCUCUGCCCCGGAGUCUUCACUCUGCCACAGUGAUAGGGAACCGGAUGUUUGUGUUUGGAGGCUGGGUACCACUGGUUAUGGAUGAUGUAAAGUUCGCCACACAUGAAAAGGAGUGGAAGUGUACAAACACGUUAGCAAGUCUCAACUUAGACUCGAUGACCUGGGAGCCUCUUGCCAUGGAGGUUUUCGAGGACGCCCUGCCACGGGCUCGCGCAGGCCACUGUUCGGUCUCUAUACACACCCGCCUCUACAUCUGGAGUGGUAGGGACGGCUAUAGGAAGGCUUGGAACAAUCAGGUGUGCUUUAAGGACCUGUGGUUUUUAGAAACUGAAAAGCCACCAGCACCGACCCGAGUUCAGCUGGUAAGGGCCAGUACAAAUGCCCUGGAGGUCUGCUGGGGGGCGGUCCCCACGGCAGAUGCCUACCUUCUGCAGCUCCAGAAGUACGACCUGCCUCCUGUCCAGACCCCCACCCCGACAUCCACGCCCACUACCAACCCCCUGGUCAAGGCCCUGCCUGCACAGCAGAUGCCACAGCCACAGCUGCAGUCUCCGGUCAUGACCCAGGGAACGCCCGUUGCACAAGUGGUCAGGCAAGCCGUACCAGGAACACAGAUUGUACGAACUGUAGCUGGGCAUUUAGCUGCAGGCAUCUCCCCUCACGCCAUCAAAGUAACCAGCAUGACGAGGCCACAGCUGAAGGGACCCAUCACUGUUCAGUCCAUACAAGGGGCCAUAAGGUCUGGUACACCACAGGUCGUGAACAUCAGUGGACAGAACACGCCCACUAGGCAGAUAGUACAGAGUUCUGCGACGACUAGCAGUGGUAUGACAGGUAUAGCGGCCCUAGCUGCGGCUGCUGCUGCCACCCAAAAGAUCCCGGGCCAUAGCCAACAAGUGGUCACAACCGCACAGGGCACCGGUAUACGUGUGGUCACUCCAACCAUAGUCACACCACAGGGGGUUAAAGUGACACCGGUCAACAGACAAAUCUCUGGAACUGCUAUAAAUGCUGGAAAUCAGACGAUCCGGGUUGCUACUCCCGGGAGUACCAUUAUCCGGGCUGCGGGUGGCACACACACGCUCACUCCGGGCUCCAAGCAAAUCAUCACUGUACACAAGGCUGGCAAUGUUCAGCAGGGCACAGGCACUGGCCAGCCACAGAUCGUUACCCUGGUAAAAACUUCACAAGGAAUGACUGUUGCAACAACCAAAGGUGGAGCCCUACCGCAGGGGGCCACCAUUGUGAAGCUGGUGACCUCCCAGGCGGGGCCCGGUCAGGGCAAGCCCACCGCCAUCAUCACGAGCCAGGGAGGUCAGACCCCUUCCAACAUCAUAGGCCUCAGCUCUGUACAGCCCCAGGCUGCAAGACCUGCUGGGCAAACUCAGACAAAGACAGUGAUUAGGACGAUCCCAUCCUCCAUGCUGUCUUCUGUGAAAGCUGGUCAGGCCAGCAUCCAGACUACACCUGGAGGGGCCAAAACCAUAGUGAUUGCAGCCCCUAAAGGAGCAACUGGCGCUGGACAAACCCCAACCAAGAUCCUGUCUUCUGUACCAAAGUUAGCUGGACAGGGCAACACCCAGUUCAUAGUUGUCAGCCCCCAGGGAAGCACGGUUGUUACACCAGCUGGACAACAAAAAAGCAUAAAUGUAUCAGCACUUCAGUCGUUGGGUGGUGUUGUGCAUUCAUCCCAGGGUGUCACAGGAACACAGAGGUCAAACAUAACCAUAGUAACAACUGCAGCUGGAACACAAAACACCAUCAUUAGAACCAUCCCGGCUUCCCAACUGGUCUCUGGAACAGUCUCUGCUUCUGCUUUGCUAGGUAACCAGAUCGUCACGGGAACACAGCAGACCAAACCAGUGCAAAUCACCAUCACUCCACAUGGCCAAGUCACCAGCACUCCCAUCAUUUCCGAGGUGAUGGAACCGGUGCAAGAUAGCUCAGGGGAUGCAGGAGAAUGUAUAGAUGGUAUGCAUUGUGGAACUCCGCCCCCUUGUACAGACAGAAUUCAUUGUGGAACCCCACCCCCAUGUACGGAUGGAAGUCAUUGUGGAACCCCACCCCCAUGUACGGAUGGAAGUCAUUGUGGAACCCCACCUCCAACAGAAUCUUUCCGUGGAGUUCAUUGUGGCACACCACCCCCUUCAGAAGACACACACUUUAUACCUAUAAAUGAUAGUGCUUGUUCAGAUAGAUUAAAUUGUGGUACACCGCCACCUGAGGGCCAGUGCCCAGACGGACGUCAUUGUGGCACUCCGCCCCCGCAAGAAAACAGUGGUACUUGCUCUGACAGAAUUCAUUGUGGGACUCCACCCCCACAAGAAAACAGCGGUACUUGCUCAGAUGGCGAAAAUUGCGGCACUCCGCCCCCACAGGAAAUCGCAGGCAGUUGCUGUGACGGCGUUCAUUGUGGCACUCCACCCCCACUAGAGGACAGUGGUGAGCCCUGUAAAGAUGGUAAACAUUGUGGGACCCCUCCACCCCAUGAGAUACAAGAGAAUGCAGAUGAAGAGCUGCAGGAAGGGGCAGAGGAUGUUCCUGAGGCUGAGGAUGUAGAUAAUCCUGAAGAUCCAGUAGAGGCUCCAGUAGACGACCAACUAGUUGAUGACAUGGAGGAUGAGGGUGAAAUGAUGGCUGAAGGGGAGGAAACAGCUGAUGAGACAGGGGAGGCAACUGAUCUCCAGGAGACAGGGGAGGGAAGCCAUCUGCAGGAGGCAGGGGACACAACCCACCAGGAUGAGCACCUGGCUGAGGAGUCAGAACCAACAGAGCUUGAACAACAUGACGAUGGCUUGUCUGAAGUGAAGGAUGAACCAAUGGACACUUCUGACCAGCAACAUGAAAGAGAUGCCAAUGACAGUAUAGACCCAGUUACAGGUCUACACAACGGCACCCCAGUCCAGCUGGACACUUCCAGCGGGGCAAGCCUGCUAGGCACAUCUACCAGUCUGCCGGACCAGAUCUUUGCCACGUCGGGUCUUGAUGGCGGCUCUGGGGACACCAAAGUUGUGGACCUCCUCAUGCCCAAGAGUGAACCCACGGAACUGGCGGCUUUGAAUGCCACCACAGCAGACUCGGAUCCACUUGCAACAUUGGCGAUGGCAGCUGCCUCUAGUGCUGGAGCAGUAAGCAGCAUUAAACUGGAACCAACGAAAGCACAACAGGGGGAGACAAAAACAGUGAUGACAGUGACAACCCCCAAGAAGGAGGGCAACCAGUGGUUUGAUGUGGGCAUUAUCAAGGGCACCUCCUGUCUGGUCUCAUACUAUCACCUGCCGGCAGAGGGCCAGCAGGGCAAUGGGGAUAUCCAGCAGGAGAGAAAGGAUGUUGAUGUGGUAUCGGUGCAGGACCACAGUGUACUCAAGAGACAGGAGUUGCUUCCAGGCACGGCAUACAAGUUCCGAGUGGCCGGCAUCAACGCGUGUGGACGGGGGCCCUGGAGUGAGAUCUCUGCCUUCAAGACGUGUCUACCUGGCUACCCUGGGGCACCAUCAGCCAUAAAGAUUAGCAAGAGCACGGAUGGAGCUCACCUGUCAUGGGAGCCCCCACAGAACACAGCGGGCAAGAUCACGGAGUACUCCGUGUACCUGGCAGUGAGGAACUCAUCUCAGCCUGUAGAACAGAAGCCUGGCACCGCCGCCCAGCUGGCGUUCGUCCGCGUAUUCUGUGGUCCAAGUGCCUCCUGCGUGGUGAACUCCAACAGUCUCACAUCCGCACACAUUGACCACACCACAAAGCCAGCCAUCAUCUUCCGUAUUGCAGCUCGCAACGAGAAGGGCUAUGGGCCUGCCACACAAGUCAGGUGGCUUCAAGAUUCUGCUCAGGCUCAAGCUCCACUACCAACUAAGAUGGCUGUAAAGAGAACAGUUGACUCGACCCAGUUGCAGUCAGCUCUAUCACAGAUGAAAAAAAUUCGAUCUGACGAAGAUUCACCUGUUAUGUAGACAGAUUCUAGUACAAAACAUCUUUAUGAAGAUGGAUUCCAUUACAAAAUAUCUGUUAUGUAGAUAGAUUCCGGUACAAAAAGCAAUUAAGUAUAACAAAAGAGAUGUAAAUUUUCUAAAGAUACCUGGCUUGCUUAUUCAUUGUUAUAUACAUGCAACCCUCCACAAUAGCUAUUCAAAGACAGCUUUCAUGUUUUCCAAAUUAUUUCUGCAGAAUGAUUUUUUCAUUAUUAAAAAUACGGUCUUGAGUACUUCAAGAGUGAACAACGGCCUGGUUAUUUGAUAUCACUAUUCAUGUUUGAUAUUUUGUUUGCACCAAAGUGCAGGUUUUUAUUUUGUUGUAAAUAAUGUAUGGUUUGUAUCAUAUAUUUCAUUUUGUCAUAUGUAUGACUUAGUUUUAAUGGCAGCAAAUGAAGUUUGUAUUAUAAUCAUUGUAAAUGUCAUUUCAUCAUCCAGGUAAUUUGUGGUAACUUGUGUAUUAUUUGUUUUCUGAUGGUGUCAUUGGCAUUAUGUAUGUGUAUGCUAUAUUCUUGUUGAGUCAUGGGUAAUUUUUAUAAAGUUGUUAGAUCACAAAUAUUUUAUAAAUAUAUGACUAUGAAUCAUUAUAAACAUAAUUAAUAACGUUUGGUCUUUAUAUUUGUUGCGUGUUUUUCAAAUGAUUAUCGUCUAAACUAAUAAUAAAUAAUCUAUUGCGUUGAUGGUGUCAAACCGCCAUCUUGAAAAUAGGCUCUUAUUGAUCAGUGUAUUCUGAUUGGCUAUUCCAAUUUCAAGAUUUUCAUACUAUAAACAGCCUUAAAACUGACAUUGUAGAAUAGGUUAAUAUCUUGUGAAAAAAAGUCAACAGGCUAUGUCGUAAGGAAAAUACUCAUAAAGAAGACAUUUUGUGUUACUUAAGAACACUAUGUGAACAAUUUAUAAAAGAGGAAAUAUUUAAAAGUUCUGAUGAAUGACAAUAUUGACAUUAAUCAGCAAAAUGAUGGUGACCUGGUCCAAAAAAAAACGUAACGAUUGCAUCAUUUGAGAACAUUAUAUCACGUGAUUUCACGUGAUCUCUAUAACCACAACACAAAAAGAACCCACGACUCAACAAGAACCUACCAUACAUUAGUUUUGAUCAUCAUUUUUGUACUUGUUCAUGACAAAAAUACUAAUUCCAUAUAAAUGAGGUAUUUUUUUAAAAUAAACAGUAGUUUUAAAAGUUGAUCUCAUUGUACCUUAAUACCAAUAAUGUCACAUAAUUUUAUAUAUAACAAGUUUGAGUAAUUGCUAGCUUAUCCUUAAGGGAAUACAAAAACAUACAUCUACACACUAUUGAAAUAUCCAUUAUUUUCUUUUCAAAGGCUUAAUAAGGUAGUUUACAGAAAUGUAUAGCCAUGCUUUGCUGUUGUUUGUCUAAGGGUGUUAGGUGUAUCUACUGCAUUCUGCAGCCAUGUUUGUUAGUUAAUCACUUCUUACAUCCACCCAUGAUUAAAAAACUGAAUUAUUGAUUUUAUACCGUUAAAUUUAAAUACGAAGCUCCAAUAACCAAAUGCAAAUAAUGUUAAAUAUACGCAUAAGAAUGAUAAGAAAGCAGGAUGUAUCAUAUUAUUAAGGUUUUGUAAACAUCUGUGGCUCUUGAUAAAGAAACAUUAUUUAGUUUUAUCUUUUAUCCAGUGCAAGUGGGCAAUAUAUUUGCAUGCUAACCUGAUGUUUUAAAUAAAACUGAGAAGAAAGUUAAAUAAUUCAUUGUACAUAUCAUGUUUCAAGUAAUACACUAUUUGUGUGCUUGAAAAUUUUCUCAGAAGUUCCUAAAUGGGUUAAUUUGAGAGUUGUUUUUUUGCCAUGUUGUGUCAUUUUAAUGAACUUAUUGUAAGUUUGGUGAAGUUUCCAGACAUUGUUUAACACGAUGGUUUUCUCUGUUAGUGUGAAGUUAAUGUAUGUUUGAUGGAUUUCUUGAUUAUGUUACAUACUUUGCACUGUUUUUGGGUAGGAUAUAUACUGUUGAAUGAUUAUAAACUCACAUGGAUUCAGUUAUAAUUGAACAAUGAUAUCUUGAAGGCUGUUCAGCCAUUCGGCUUGUAUGGGGACCAGAUUAAUACUGACAAUUUUAAUCAUGUACUUUGUUUUGUUUCAAAUACACACAUUUUGAAAAUAUUUGACAAUCUGUUAAAAAUGUGAGGGUUUUAUGUUUUGUUUGAAAACAAGUAUUAACAAUGUUCAAUUGGAAAAAAUGUAACUUACAGAACAAUAAUAUAGUUUUGAAAAAUCGAUGUAUUCAUAUAGUGUACUUGUUAUAACAUUGUUAGAUAGCUAUGAAUACAUAUUAGUUCCAAACUCUUAUUGAAAGCAUUUCCCCCUUGUAAUAUAUGCAUGCUCCCUUCAUAGAACUAUCAUCAUUCUCUUCAAAGUCUGACGCCAUAUUCAUCAGCCAUUUUUGUACAGUGUGUGCAAGCAUAUUUUCAUAAUAAAUAUUCAUUCAACUGU